AUGGGCGGAUCACCACCUUGCGGAGACUCGGUUCGGGCCGUCAAAGAUUACAAACGUCAAGCAACCACCUCUCAGAAAUGGCCCCCUCCAGUCGAAAAUGAUCACCAGAUCACUUUUUCGGUGCUCGACACCAAGGGCGUCCACAUGCCCCAUAACGAUCUUCUUCUCGUCGACCUUGAUAUCGGCGAAUGCUUAGUCACAAAAGUCCUUAUCGAUACCGGUAGCUCGGUCGAUCUCAUCUUCCGUGACACACUCGACAAGAUGGGCAUUGAUUUAAGAGAUAUGAAACCUUCCUCUCGCACGCUCACCGGCUUCAAUGGAGCCUCGGAGCAAAUGAUCGGGACAAUUCGUCUUCCGGUAUACGCAUGUGGUAUAACCCGCACCGUCAAGUUCUCCGUCAUCCGUGCAAAAGCACCCUAUAAAGCCAUACUCGGAACACCAUGGCUGCAUUCCAUGAAAGCCAUUCCUUCGACUUACCAUCAAUGCGUCAAGUUUCCUGGAAAAGAUGGCAAAACGCAGACGAUCCGCGGAGACCAACAAGCCGCGAGAGAACUGCUGAUCGCUACUGUCAAGAUGCAACAACAAACUUCCCUUGUCAACUCCGUUGGUAAACCGAUCCACAAGAUCUAUCCCCCGAAGGAGGAAGUUCGUGAAGUCGCAAUCAACGAGUCCGAUCCAUCAAAAGUUAUCCGAGUUAGCGUCCACUUGUCCGACGAUAUCUGUUCAAGGAUCAUCUCUUUCAUCAAAGAGAACGCUUCGACGUUCGCCUGGAAGACCUCCGACAUGAAGGGAAUCGACCCUGCAGUUACCUCUCACGAACUGCAUGUCGAUCCAACAUUCAAACCCAUCCGACAUAAGCGACAAAAACUCGGGCCAGAACGAUUUAAAUCUAUAAACGAAGAAGUCGAUAGGCUUCUCGACGUGGGUUUCAUUACCGAAGUCCAGUAUCCCGAGUGGCUGGCUAAUCCGGUUCUCGUCAAGAAGAAAAACGGCAAAUGGCGCAUAUGCGUCGAUUUCACGGACCUCAACAAGGCAUGCCCAAAGGACAGUUACCCACUUCCUCACAUCGAUUGCCUCGUCGAGUCAACUGCUGGUAACGAACUCCUAACCUUCAUGUAUGCUUUCUCGGGAUACAACCAGAUCUUGAUGCAUCCUGACGAUCGCGAAAAAACAGCAUUCAUCACGGACCGAGGGACCUAUUGCUACAAGGUGAUGCCCUUCGGGCUAAAGAACGCCGGGGCGACUUAUCAACGACUCAUCAACCGAAUGUUCGCUGAUCAGCUCAGCAACACCAUGGAGGUGUAUAUCGACGACAUGUUAGUCAAAUCGCUCAAAGCCGACGAUCAUCUAAAACACUUACGCGACUGCUUCAAGAUCUUGAACGACUACGGGAUGAAGCUCAACCCGGCCAAGUGUACCUUUGGUGUCACCUCGGGUGAAUUCCUCGGCUACAUUGUCACUCAGCGAGGGAUCGAAGCUAAUCCCAAACAAAUCUCGGCGAUCCUUGACCUUCCCAGCCCGAAGAACAGCCUAGAAGUACAGCGACUAACCGGACGUAUAGCAGCUCUCAACAGCUUCAUCUCGCGAUUAACCGAUAAGUGUCUCCCCUUCUACGAACUACUAAGGGGAAACAAGAAGUUCGUCUGGGACGAAAAAUGCGAGGAGGUGUUCAACCAACUCAAGCACUAUCUCACAACCCCCCAGUACUAUCAAAGCCGGAAGCCGGCGACACAUUGUGUCUCUACAUAG